AAGAGGAAUAAGAAUAUUCAAUCUCUUGAUCCAAUCCCAAUGGACGUGUUGUUCGAGAUCCUCUUGAUGUUGCAUGUACAGCAGCAUCCUCGACUCUUAUUGGCUUCCGACGAACAAAUAAAGCGUAAUCAAGAACCUUGGUACUUCUUCUCCAAGUCAACGCUUGUUUUCACUCCAUUGUACUCGGUUUCAAAGCGAGAACCAAACCAACUAGUUUCUGUGGAUGAGUAUAAAGCUCUAGUUUUAGAUGAUUCAUAA